AUGAAACCAAGCCCCUUCGACUCCGACCCGCUGCCAAAAGGAAACUCUUUGGAUUGGGAGCAGCCUUACUACAGAACGAAGCUGGGCCUCAAGCUUUGCCACCAACUCUCCAAUAGACUUCCAGAAGAACUCGAGUCCAUAGAGUGCUUGAGGGACGUUGCCAAGUUCGUCUUGGUCACUGACUCGAACAUAGACGUGUUGUACGGCGCAAACUUCCGCCAAUCUAUCGCCGCCUCCUACCAAACCUCUCCACCCUCGUCGAGAAAAUACCUGUACUACGUGAUCCAGCCGUCGGAAUCGAGUAAGUCCAGAGAAACCAAGGCGAACGUCGAAGACUGGAUGAUCCGCCACACAUGCAACCGAGAUACUUGUAUAGUAGGUACGAGAAAUUUUCUGUGGGCCGUCCGCAGCCACUCUGUUGUACACAAACACCUCAGACAGGGUGCGCGACGACGCCGUCCGCUCCAAGUCGUCUUACUGACUGCCCCGUGCGCGGCUGCUUACCAUCAACGAGCGAUUGGCGGUGGAGUCGUGGGCGACGUAGCUGGAUUCGUAGCUGCCACGUUUUUGCGGGGAAUUCCUUUCGUACAAGUUCCAACGACUUUAUUGGCCAUGGUCGACUCCAGCAUCGGGGGAAAAACCGGCAUCAACACGCCCCAGGGCAAAAACCUGAUCGGCGCCUUCCAUAUGCCAGCCGCCGUGCUCGUGGACCUGUCUUUCCUAACGACGCUUCCCCUUCGCGAGUUCUACAACGGCAUGGCUGAAAUCGUCAAAAUCUUCGCCGCGUGCGACGCCUCCGCGUUCGACGAGGUUCGACACCUCUCCCAAUUUUUCCCCGGCACUUCGGACCGCGCGGAGCGAACUCCGAGCGAAAUUCUCAGCCGCCUGCCUUCCCGACUGAUAUUCCGUGCCAUCGAAAUCAAAGCCUACGUCGUUUCAAAGGACGCCACCGAAACGUGCCUUCGGUCCAUCCUCAACUACGGGCACACGGUGGGCCACGCUAUCGAGGCCAGCGUGAGCCAUAUGUUGCACGGUGAAUGCGUCUCCGUCGGCAUGAUCUUGGAAGCAAAAGUAGCUCAGGCCUCCGGACACCUGGUCGACCCGCUCGCCAUUCUAAACCUCUCCCAAUGCCUCAGGAACUGCCACCUGCCCAUAGAACUUCCAAAGGAGCUGUGCCCCGUUAGAGAAAUUUUAGGAUUAAUCAAAAAAAUGAAACUCGAUAAAAAAAAUGCUCGUCAACGCAUUCGAAUGACGAUGCUGACCCGAAUCGGACAUUGCCUUCCCCAACCUGUCCCUGUCAACACCCACGUGCUGAGAUCCGUACUGCACCCAUUCGUUUGCAUCCUCCCACCCCCUCCUGAACGCGAAGUGCACGCUGCCGCCACACUCGCGGCUCCGGGGUCGAAGUCAAUCUCCAACCGAGUCUUGGCCAUGUGCGCCUUAGGACGCGGCACCUGUCGGAUCAAGGGACUGCUGCACGCAGAAGACACCUACGUCAUGAUUCAGGCGCUCAAGGACCUAGGCACCUCCAUAGAAUACGACCAUUCUGACCGCACCUGGACAGUUCACGGAUCCGGCGGAAAGCUGACGCCUCGACGCUCUCCCCACCACCUCCACCUCGAAAACUCUGGCGUGACCUCCAGAUUCCUGACGACCAUCUGUACCUUGCUCGCAAAAGGUACCAAAACCGUCAUAACUGGAUCGAACAGACUCAAAGAGCGCCCCAUCAAGGACUUGGUCGAUGCGUUGAUAAACUGCUCUCGCGAAAUCAGGUACUUGCAAGAUGAAGGAUCCCUCCCCAUCGAAGUCACGGGAACGCGUUCCCAAGACGACGACGUCCAAAGGAACCCUCAUAUCACGGUCAAAUCGGAACUAAGCAGCCAAUUCGUCUCCUCUCUACUUAUUUCCGCGCCCUAUAUGAGCGGCUCUCUCAUGACCAUUCACGCGCCCUCUCGCACCCCCUCGAGCGCUUAUGUUGAAAUGACGGUCGGGUUGAUGAGGCAAUUCGGAAUCAACGUCCAAGUCUCUAAAUCCGCCGAUGCCUGCGAGUCCUCCACCUUCAGGAUCAACUCGGGCGUCUACCAAAACCCCGCCGAAUGGACCGUGGAGCCAGACGCCUCGUCGAUCUCUUACCUGUUGUCAAUCGCCGCCAUCACGGGCGGCCGCGCCUCCUUGCCUAUGGUGCCCGGCCUCCAAGGAGACGCUCAGUUCGCGCUUCAGGUCCUCGAGCCCAUGGGGUGCGCCGUCUCCCUGAACGACGACCGGGUGGAGGUCCGCGGCCCGUCCCUCGUCGGCGGCUCCGGACUCAAAGCGCUCGGAACUAUCAGUAUGGACUCCAUGACCGACGCCUUCAUGGCCGCCUCCGCUCUGGCAGCCGUUGCCUCGGGCACGACGAGGAUCGUCAACGUUGCCAACCAACGCCUCAAGGAGUGCGACCGGAUCCGAGCCGUGGCAACCGAACUGAAAAAAAUAGGCUUUUGUGUAAAAGAGCUGGACGACGGCUUAGAAAUUGCGGGAAUCGGGGGGGACCUGACCAAGCUGCCUCGCCACAACGUCGAAAUCGAAUGCCACAACGACCACCGCAUCGCCAUGUGCUUUGCCGUGCUGGGGUCUAGAGUCCCAAACCUUUACAUCUCGGACAAAGACUGCGUGAACAAAACUUUCCCAACUUUCUGGACGACGCUUCGCGACCAAUUCAAACUGACGCUCCUCCAUCAAGAAUGCCCAACAAAGGCACCUGCACCAGCCCAGUGCCCCCUGCGCUGGCCCCCUAAUUGCGUGUUCGACCCAGCCUCGCCCAUCCUGCUCAUCGGCAUGAGAGGAUGCGGCAAGACGACCAUGGGACAAAACUUGGCCUCUGAGUUAAAUCGCCCCUUCGUCGAUCUGGACCAGGUAUUCGCCGACGAAUAUGGCGCGCCUAUCGGCGAAUUCACCAAAUCGCGCGGCCUGCACGCAUUCCGUUCAAUUGAGACAUCACUCCUCGUAAAAACCGUCCUCGAGCUAUCAGAUCAGCCAGUCGUCAUCGCGGCCGGCGGCGGCGUUGUCGAGACCGAGGAAAACCAAAAAUUCAUCAAGCAAAUCGGUCAACGCGUGCUGAUCAUUCAAAUCUCCUCAGACCUCUCUAGCGUCCACUCAAAUUUAACCGACACCUCUCCUCACCGAGCAGAUCUGGGCGAACAUCUAGACGUCACCUGGCAAAGACGGCAGCCUAUCUUUCUCCAAUGCUCCCACUACGAAUACUAUCUAACUGCAAUCAACAACAAACUCUCAUCGGCCCCUCAACUUUUCUCCGAGUUCGUAAAAAGAAUCCUUCGAGGCCCCGUUCAACUACCUCCCUACUCCCCCACCGGCGGCACCCCCUCAUUCUUCCUGUCCCUGACCCUCCCAGAAUAUGGCUCUUUGUGCGCGAAGACCAUCGCCACCCUCGUCCAAUCUUGCCACGCCCUUGAAGCUCGCAUAGACCUCCUGCAUAACCACCGCAGCCACGACGUCGUCCGUCGCCAAAUCUCGACCCUGCGAGAACUGCUGCACGCCGCCGGCCACUCUCAAAUCCCACUGAUAUACACCGUGCGCACCAAACAACAAGGCGGACUCUUCACCGGCGACGAACGCGAACUCUUCGCCCUCCUGCAGCUAGCCAUCCGGCUAGGGUGCGAAUAUGUAGACAUGGAGGCCUGUUGGUCAAAAGACAGGUCCCAGCUGCUGCUGAACGAAAAGCGAUGCAGCAGAAUUCUAGUUUCAAUGCACGACCUCAACUCAGCCCCCACGGGUCACAACAUACAAUCCAUGUUCGAAAAAUGCCUCUCACUCGACAACGUCGACGUCGUCAAAGUCGUCGCCUCCGCACAAGCACACACCGACGGAAUUCACGAAAUGUUAGAAGUGUCUCGACGCAUAAAAAAUGCCUUUCCACGCAUUCCCAUGAUUUCUAUUGUCGCCGGUGAACAAAGCAAACUGACGAGAAUCACAAACAGCUUUCUCACUCCAGUCACCCACCCUCUACUACCAUUCAAAGCCGCACCGGGACAAUGCUCUGCAGACGAAAUCAUGUCUCUAAGAAAGAUGCUGGGCCUUCGGUAA